AAAAAAAUUCCCCUUUAGAGUGAAAGUGAAAGGAGCCUGUCCUUCAUAAUUCGUUCGGUUGUGUUCCCGUCGGAUUGUCCAUUUGAAGAACGUUGACAAAAGUAAACAUGUAUUCAGUGAAGAUUAUGUUUGUGGUUUCUCUCUUCAUCCCUGCUGUGAGGUCCAGCAAAGAUUUGUGGAAACUGGAAUGCCUGCCUACAGUUGGAAUUCUUGCUGAGACCACAGUUAUCAGAUGCUAUUUCAAAGACAUAAAAGAUAUUGAGAUAGUUGCAGUCUAUUUAACAAAAGUUGGAGAGGAUAAGCCAUUAUUUAGCCAAGAAGAAUCAAAAAGAUCGGGAGAUAAACGCUUUAAACUUCUUGAAAACUCAACAAUGCGUCCAUCUCUGCAAAUCUCUGAAACAAUGUUUUCUGAUGAGGGUGAAUAUCACUACCAUGUUACAACGGACAGUGGUUUUAAAGACAUUAAACUUUCCAUCAGUGUCACAGCGAGGUACAAGAAUCCUGUCACAAGCACAUGGCCUGAAAAGGUAAUGGAUAGAGGACCUGUCAGCCUUUACUGCAAUGCUACCGACGGCUACCCAGCAGGCACCAUUAAUUGGUUUGACCGAUCUGGAACCAAUUGGACCUCGAAUUCAGUGCUGACAAAAGACCCCAAAGUCAUCAGCGGUGUAAAAUCUGUGGCUUUGUCUAGCAAACUGACUCUCAAGUCUAUCGCCUUGGACCUAGCACCAUUUAAAUGCAUCGUCUUUAAUAGUAAAUAUGUACAAGAUGGAUUAAAAACAUUGGAUAUCACACCUGUUUUAGAUGAAACAAACAUGGUUUCUUCAGGAUCUAAGACAAAAAGCAUUGUCGCUGGUGUGAUAGUCAUUGGAUCGCUUACUGUUGGCCUGCUGUUUGCUCUGUUGUUUUUCAGAAAAAGAAAUCAUACUCAUAGACGACCUUCUGCUAAUCCUAUUCUAAGUUAUGAACAAGGAAACGAUGAUGAUCCGGAAAAAUAGUAAUAUCAGUCCUGAGAAUUGAAGCUUCUAAUAUCAGGAGAGGAAAUUGAAACAAUAAAGCCUGAUUUUCAUACUGAGGUCAGCGCAGCCGCCAUUUGACUGAAACAAAAGUGAAGGCAUAAGGAAAAUGGCAGCUGUUUGUUAUAUGUGGGCAAGUAAUGACUGUAAGAUUACAAACAAGACUUAACAAUCUGUAAACUUCUCUAUACAUUUAAAAUUAAUUGUGGCUUUAGAGAUCAUAUACACUAAUACUUGUCAAAUUAAUGACUACAUCAAUAUAAACAAGAGUUUUAAAAAGGUUUUUGGAGGUUUUCUGAACAUUUGAGGAAUUAUUUUGCAAAUGCUUUCUUAAGCCUGGUCAGAAAUCAUUAUUCAUGAUUAUUUUACAAAUUUCAUAAAAUGACAGUUGUAGUUUUAAGAAAUAGUUUACAAUAUCGAAAUAUAAAUAUAGUUUUGUAAAAAGUGUUUUAUAUCUUUCUAGGGUUUUUUUCCAUCACUACUGACACUUUUGGGUUUUACUGUCACAAUUCACUGAGGGUUUUGUGGUAAUAUUGUUCUGUAAUGCAUCUUAGUAACAAUAUUCAGGCUUAUUAGGUAAGUGUUUUACAAAUGAACAUGAAUUAAAUUAAAAACAUUUAUUCUCAGUUUUAUGAAUCAAACAUUAAUGUAAAAAAUGUUAUACACUUUUUUUUGUAAUUGUGUUUAUACUGCUACCAUUGUAUCACUGGUCACUUACACUUCACCUCAAUGAUAGUAACUUUCAAAUAAGUCUCACAUUUAGCAUUAAUUUUCAGAUUCUGAUCAUUUAAAAGUGAAGUGAAUGAUGCUUGACUUGUAAUGUGGUGAUUUUUCAGUGAGUACAGCAACUGUAGAGAGAUGUUUAAUCUAAGCACUAUGUAUACA